AUGGUGGACGUCGACUUUCCUGCUUUGACCGGCUUUUAUAAAUUUCUAUUUCUCUAUUUGGAACCCAGUCAGUUCCAACUUUCGCUUCGAUCCCUGCAUUUACUGACCGACCAUCUUGAAGUGUCUACUAUGAUUCCUGCAGCCAUGAUUCUAACCUUCCCGGGAGCCGCUUGGUUUUAUCAUGAAUUGAUUCCGACUCCUACGUCUGAACCGCUACAAUCUCUGGACGCUCGUUCAAAACUUGCUGUAUGGCAGCUUGGAAAUUGCUAUUUACUUCUGGGCAUGAUAUCCACGGUGGUGUUUCGCACCAUCAGGAACGCAGUCCCAAAAGACCCACAACUACAAGAACGACUUGUUGGAUCUCUUUUGUUCUGUUUGGCCGUCGCCGAUUUAUCCCAUAUCUUCACCUCGUUCCUUGGCAUUGGCGACGGACUUAGAUAUAGCCCUGCUGCCUGGAACGCAACUACGCACGGUAAUAUCACAUUUACCAUGUUCUUAUUCUUGGUCAGAGCUUCAUGGUUUUUGGGCGUCCGUCGUCAGCGAUUCUACUAUGGAGGAUUGGGAAAUAAUACGAAUAAAAAACAAAUCUAAUCUUUAGGUGCCUUAGUGUAGGUGCACUAUGAAAUCUUGGAUAGUUAAAUCAUGUAUAGCAAUUCAAUACGAUUAACCUUUGACUGGGUAGUUUC